AUGGAAGGAGGAGGGCCACCAGGGCCAUCCCAAGCCAUCCCGGUUUCCGGAGACGCGUACUGCAACAGCUCCACUGCGCCCGUGGAUGCUGCCGGCAGCUGCUCGCCGGCCGUCGCGAAGCUCCGGAAGCUGCUGUUCCGGCGGAUGCUCAUCGGCGUCAACGACGGCCGCUACUUCCACGGCCUGUUCCACUGCAUCGACAAGCAGGGCAACAUCAUCCUCCAGGACGCCGUGGAGUACCGCAGCGCCGCCCGCCAUUGCUCGCCUCCCACGGAGCAGCGCUGCCUGGGGCUCAUCCUCAUCCCGGCCGCCUGCCGGUCGUCUUGCCAGGUUGAUUGCUCCGUUGAAGAGAAGAUGUCGCUCCUGUGUUUGGAAUGA